AUGCGGCUGAGACUACAGAAACAGCGAGAAAACCGGCUUUGUGUGUAUUAUGUGUCUGCGCAGAUCUUUGGGAGGCUAGCGGACGUUUCGACUGUCGGCAGCGUCAUCGCGUCUCCCGUCGCCUCGCCCGCGGCGGCGGCGCCCAUGGUGCUCGACGUCCAUGAGCACGUCGUGAGCCUCGUUAGGAGCAGACAGCCCGAGCUGCUUCGCGGCUGCCAGGAGGAGACAGCCCCUGAAAGCCGGCAGCCGCGGCAGGGCUGCGGAGGCGCAUCGCCCGUCAGAGACGAAUGGGGCUUCCUCGCCCAGCUUCCAGCCGCUUCAGCGGCGGAGGGAGCGCCGCGCAUGGCGAACUGGGAUUGGGCUGCGUGGCUGGCGGCGGAGAGAGCAAAGUGGGUCGGCGGGACGCACCAGUCCUUGUUGAUUCAGAAAAAAGCUUUCAUCAAGGGCCGGACGCGGCGACGCGGCACGCACGACAGGAAGAAGUGGGAACUUCUUUUUGAGAGGGCGACUCCCUUCAGAGAAACAGAAGGUGGAGAAGAGGCCCUCGACUCGGGAUCGGAGAACCAUGCCUCUGAACCUCAAAGACGGAAGGCAGCGCGUUUACUUCGAGACCUUGGCGCAGCCGAGUCCUCGGCGGCAUCGGGUGACUCCAAAACGCAGCCGCGGCCGUCCAGUCUGCCGACAGAGACCUCCACUCGAAUCGCUUCGCCUCUGGCAGGUCACACCGCUCCUUACCUGAACGGGAACGGCCUCGAUUUCCAGGAUUUCGUGGAGAGUCUCCUGAAGGCGAAAUUCUCGUGGCCGCUCCAACCAAACAGCGGCGCCGCUCAGCGGUCUAUCCAGUAUAUGCCAGCCGCGUAUGAUCUGUUUCUGUCCGCGGCUCGCCGCCUUCCUGAAGGCCGCGAGAAGACGAAUGAAGAUGAGCCGGGCGAAAGCAAAGACCCUGAAGAUCAGCAGAGUGGAUCCACUCGACGCCACCGGAGAAAGAAACGAUCCACUUACGAGAAAGUGAACUCUCUUCUGCAGGCUGAACCGAUCUCCCCUGAUGCUAUUGAGUGCGUGUGGAGAGCGCUCACGCGCCUGGUCUCAGGGCCAUUUGGGGAAGUCCUUCCUUCUAGAGGUUCCCUCCCACACCCAGAACUCGAAGUGCUGCGCAGAGUGAACCGACCUGAGUCUGGUCGCCGGCUCUACCGGGGCGAUGUCCUGCGCUCUAUCUGGGAAUGGGCGCCUGCCGACGGUCUCGUCGACUGGGAGUCGUUCCUCUUUUUUCUAGACGAGGUUCCCGCCGACGGAGUCGAGCCACUCCUCAACUAA